GUAGCGCUACUCUGUCCGCCUGCUCCUGGGGCCCCGGGGCUGGGCUGCUUGUCGAGUCCCGGCCGCCACCUGCGGGGUGGUUUCCUUCGCCCAGGGGGCGGGAGGCGGGGAGUGUCGCAGGCCGCGUGAAAGGGGGUCUUUCUCUGUCUCCGCAUCCCGCCAGCCGCAUGGGAGCCACCUGGAAGGUCUGAGGGGCUGGGAGACAAGUUGCCGUGAAAAUGAUGCAUCCUGUUGCCAGUGGUAAUACUGCUUUCUGUGGGCCUGGCAAGGCUUCCUGCCUCAAUGAAGACAAUAUGAGAGCUGCUGAUCAAUUUGACUUAUAUUCCUCUCAACAAAGCAAAUACGGCCACACGGUCAGCCACAAACCAAUUGCUUGCCAGAGGCAAGACCCACUAAAUGAAACACACUUGCAGGCCACAAGUGGCAGAAGCAUAGAGACAAAAGAUGAACUCAAGAAAAAGAAAAACCUCAAUCGAUCUGGUAAACGUGGCAGGCCCUCGGGGACCACCAAAUCAGCCGGAUACCGAACCAGCACAGGACGACCCCUUGGAACCACCAAAGCGGCUGGAUUUAAGACAAGUCCAGGCAGACCUUUGGGUACAACUAAAGCUGCAGGAUACAAAGUCAGCCCAGGGAGACCUCCAGGAAAAAAGCAGCAAGCCUUCAGGUGUUCCAGUGAUGCCUAACACAUAAUGAGCUGGACUUUAUGCUGUGCUUUACAGUAAGAGGUGUUGAAUUAUAUGUGGGGACUAUGUGUGCACUGGCAACUAAGACAUUGAACCUCAACAAUCUUAGCAUUGCACAGACCAUAUAGAACAAUUUUGGAUGGCUACUUAUAUUGAUUUGUAACCUCAUGGCAGCUAAAUUGCUACUAAACCAGACUUUCUUCAGGUCGAGGCUUUUGAAUCUGGUCCUGUGUUCUAUUUCUUAACAAAUUUAAAUAUAAAACUCUUAAUUAUUUACUCAGAACAGUGUAACUUCUGACGCAUAAAUGCUUUUAUUGUCAUUAACAUUCACAAUGUAAUUGUCAUUUAACUGUUUCACUUCAUAAUGCCGAGCAGUGUUUUGAAAUUUUUGAACUAGUUUGGAAAACAUCUAUUUAAUUGAAUGAUCUAAUUGUGGGAAUGAGACAUUCCACUGGCAGAGAUUUGGUUGCAUGUUGCUUUUAUAUUUUAGAGUAAAAUCAACUUCUUCCUUUCCUGUCAAUUUCUUUUUGUGCUUGAUUUUGUUUCUCCCUUUAUGCAUCUACUCAGUGGUGCUGUGCUGUGUGUCAGAAGGCAAUACAGAUGUAUUAUUGUUAUGCUAGUAUAAUGACUUUGUAUUCCAAUAUAUUGAAACAGUGAAAUCAGCUAAAGAAGAUAUGUCCAUUAUGGUGUUUAUUAAUAUCAGGAAAAAAGGGGGGCAGUGACAACAGUUAUGGAUAAUACCAAUUAGAACCCUGCUUUUGCAGUUCAUGUGAAAGGCUGCCUAAAGAAUUGGAUUUGUGCACUUCUGAACAUCUCCUGAUUCCAGUUUCUUUUGAACAAUUUUAUUGGUGCCAUGCUGAAGAGAAAGAAGUUUAAGAGAAUGAAGUCUUAAAAUAUGUUUUACUUUUAUAUAUUCUACCAAGUACAUUGUGGUUUUGUUUUUUUUUUGGGUAACACUGUCUUUUGUCAUGAUAAACACUGAAAUAGCAUGUUAAAAACUGCCUAUACUUUGAAAUGGUCAGUGAGAAAAGAAAAUGGCCUUUUCCCCCAAUUUGAUCGUUUUUUAAACGUGAAUUGCUCAUUUUAUACUAUGUAACUGCUUUUCAUAAAAUAGGAUUCACUGUUCUGUAUUAACACUGUUGGUCAGAAUAUGAUCUAAAAUAUAAAUAAGUUUGUUUUAAUAUUUUUUUCUUUUUCAGUAUAUUUUUAUGCCUUAUUUAUGAAUAAAUGAAUGCUUUAGAUCUUAAAUAAGGAGCCUAAUACAUAUGUUAAUUACCCUGGAUUUGCCAACAAAAUGAAUUUUGCUUAACUAAUCUUUAGGAUCAGAUGAUAUUACUAUCUCAAGUCUUGCACUGGAUAUUUAAAAAUACUGGCACCACAUAUUGGCAGAAAAAAAUUAAUAGGACAUUGAAAGACUGAAGACUGAAAUUCAAUAUUUUGGAUUGUAUUUUAAAAUCAGGUUUCAGAUUGACUAUGAAGAAGACCCUUCUUUACAUUAUUCUUAGUUUUAAAGAUAAACAUUUAUCAAAGUAAUUUAACUAUCCAGUCCAAAUUGAUGAGUAUUUGUAUUUGUGUGUACAAAUAACAAUUAUAUGCACAAUCAUUCUAAAACAGGAUAUGAGGAUUUUUGAGUUUCUUUAAAACAAAAACAAGCCCUGGAUGUAGUUGAUGAGUAACCAGUCCAUUGUAAGGAUAACUUUAAGAUGUGAUAUAAAAAGAGAACUUUACUUUUACAUAUUAAAAAGCUUUAAAGACAGACAAUUCAGGUGCUUAUAGUAGUAACUGCAACUCUGUACUUCAUUACUAAUAGAUGUAUAGUAAAAUUUUAUCACAUUUUUUUCAGUAAAAUCGAAUAAUUCAGAAAACUUAUUCAAAAGAUUUUUCAUUUUCAGUCAGGUUUUGUUCCCUCUAUAUUCUUAUAUUAUCAUAGUACAUGUAUUUUUAAAUAUAGCUUAAUUAUAUGUUUAUAAACUCGAGGAAGUAUCAGAAUCUUUCUUUGCUUUUUUUCAAGUAUAUAUGACUAUGAUCACAAAUAUUAAUUUCAUUUUUGAAAAUUAAAUGAUAUAGUAAAAUCAUUGAAAUUUUGUUUUGUAAUCCGACCACUUUGAUUCUUUAAUUUUUUAUGAUUUACUUUUCCCACAGAUAAUUAUGGAUGAAAUAAUUACCAGUUAACUAAUAUCAGCACACUGUCCUCUGCUGUAAAAAGUCUGAUAGAUACUGUGUAUGUUUUUAUGUCCAUGAACUUGAGCUACUCGUGUGCAAUUAUGUGUAUAGGAAUGGAGUAGUGUUCAUGAUUUGUAUCUACAUCAUCAUAUGGAUGUAUAUUUAUUAAUAAAGUCAUUACUUUAAAACCAAA